GCGCAUGCGCAGCAGCACACGUUUGGCGCUAGUUUGACGGCGAGGAAGUGAGUGGACGCAGAGAGAUCUACAACUUGUGAUAAUUACAACGAUUAUCAACACACAUUCAGCUUUAAUGAGAUCUGCUUCCUGGUUUUAAACUAAAAAUGCCCAGCACUCGCUCACAGAAUCAGCCCACCGUUCAGUUCCCCCGAAGAAAGUCUUCCAGAUUGGGUUCUCGACCUAAAAGCUCCUCUGAGAAUGCAGUGGACGUCCAGACCACCCCUCUGUCCCCUAGAAAGUCAAAUGUGGGAGAUCCGCCCGGCGUCUGUCUGUCUCCCAGGAACUCUGUGUUGAAAAACACCUGUUUGUCUGAGAGGCUGCCCUUGAGCCCCCGCAAACGUACAGGUGACGAGAAUGGCUGUAACCUCCCGGCCUCUAUGCUUGGCUCUCCUCCUAAGCAGCGCUGCGCUCCUCUGGGCUCCCCUCGUAAACUGUCCUUCAAUGAGAACACGCCGGUCUUCUCCUCACCUCCACGUCCCACCCCGUCCUCACCCAAAAUUCCCCUCUCUCCCAUUUCACGUCCAUCGCCAAAGCGGCUGCAAGAGACCCCCUGCUCAAACCCGAUCCCCCGUACAGAGGGAAAGCUCCCUGUUACUCGACUCUUUCCUGUGAAAAAAUUGGGUUAUCAGAGUGUAAAGCAGGCUCUUCACACUGCAGUACCUGAACGUCUUCUCUCUCGUGAGGCAGAGAGAGCUGCCAUCGUCUCCUUCCUGGAGAACCACGUGGUGGUGGAAAAACCCUCCAGCCUCUAUAUUUCUGGUGCUCCUGGCACAGGCAAGACCGCCUGUCUGAACUGCAUCCUCCAGGAACAAAAGGCUCUGUUGAAAGGUGUUCAGACUGUGGUCAUCAACUGUAUGAAUCUGCGUAGCUCACAUGCCAUCUUUCCAUUGCUGGGAGAGAAACUGGGGGCUCCAAAGGGCAACAGCGAGGCUCGGCUGGAGAAACUUCUGACCAGGUCUGGGCCAACUGUCCUGUUGGUUCUUGAUGAGAUGGACCAGUUGGACAGCAAGUCUCAGGAGGUUCUCUACACGAUCUUUGAGUGGCCUUACCUGCCCAACUCUCGCGUUUGUCUCAUUGGUAUUGCUAAUGCAUUGGACCUGACGGACCGUAUUCUGCCUAGACUGCAGGCCAAACCACACUGCCGACCCAAGCUGCUCAACUUUCCUCCCUACAGUCGUGAGGAGCUUAAUGCAAUCGUUCAAGACCGGCUCACACAAGUGACAGGGGAAGGUGUUUUGGACGCAGCGGCAGUUCAGUUCUGUGCCAGAAAGGUUUCAGCUGUGUCAGGAGAUGCCCGCAAAGCGCUCGACAUAUGCAGGAGGGCCGUGGAGAUUGUGGAAGCGACUGACAGGUCUAAAAUGGCAUCUGAACCUGCAGCCAGCCCUAAAGUGUGGCGGGUGAGUGUUCCUCAGGUGGCGCGGGUUUUAUCAGAGGUGUAUGGCGACCGUAUGGCAUCCAGCAGCGGGGACGGCGAGAGCUUUCCUUUGCAGCAGAAGCUUCUGGUCUGCUGUCUGCUUCUUAUCAUCCGUAAUGGCAAGAGCAAAGAGGUCCAGUUGGGCAAGCUGUGUGAAGUGUACAGUAAGCUGUGUAAGCAGAGGCAGGUGGGAGGCGUCGGACAGACCGAGUGUUUGUCUCUCUGCAGUCUGCUGGAGAGCAGAGCAAUCUUCACACUCAAAAAGGCCAAGGAGGCUCGACUGACUAAAAUCUCCCUGAAGAUUGAAGAGCGAGACAUAGAGAAUGCUUUGAAGGAUCGAACUCUCCUUGGUAGCAUAUUAGCAGCUGGUCUGCCAUAAAUUACAUCAGAUUUCAGGUCCUUUUUUUUAUUUUAUUGUUUUAUACUAAUUUUAAUCUUUUUCUCAUUUGUCAAUAUUUUAUAAUGCUUUAAUGUGAAAGUCUUGUUUAAAAUGAGAUGUGCUAUUUCAAAGAGUGAUGAUUUGAUCCAAAAGGGUUGAUUUCUCCAUUAUGUUUGUCAAACAUUUGGCCUGCCUUUUUAAGUGUAAGGUUGUCUUUUUUAUUUUUAUUUUUUAUAAAUGUAUUCUUAAAUAGGCAUAAAUUCUUCUUUGUUUCAAAACAGAAGACUUUGCCUUCUAUUUUAUUUUGUACAUCACCUUUUAAUGGUUUUGGGGGAUGUACACUUUUAAUAAAGCAGAAUGUACAGAAUGUAAGUUUGCUUCUGAGUUACUCGUUAAAAUAUCUCUAAAAAUCAAACAUAUUUUUAAAAUAUGGCACAAUUUAAAACAAGCCAGCCAAAGUUUUCCACUUCCCUAUUGUAUUAAAGUAGGUGUAUUAAAUCUGCUUGUUACUGCUAAAAGUUUCACUUGUAUAUUGACCAACAAUUUGGCUUUACAUAAACCACAAGCCAAAAAUAAAGGCCAUCUUAAAUGUAGAUGGGUUGGUUUCUUCUUAGGAAAAUAUUU